CUGAGUGUAUUUGGUGCGAGUGAAGCAAAACAGAGAAAGAAAGAAAAGAUGACGUCGUCAAUGGAAGGAGGAGGAGGAGAUUGGGAAAUACAUCUGCGAACAUUAUCAUCCAGCGCCCGAGAAUCCAAUUUCUCCACUGACCCCGCGUCCGACGCUUCUCUUCUUCAUUCCGUAAAGAAGCUAAUAGAGCUCUGUAAAACUGAGAAUUCUCAGAAUUUGAUAGCCAGGGUUUAUCCUCAGCUCAAUAAGAUCUUUCAGCGCUCCGUUUCUUCUCAAUCGAAAUCUUCCUCUUCUUCCGGCCUUUUAUUAUUGGCUAUUCUUCAAUACUUUAUUGAUAAUGGAGAGUUUGUUCUACAUGAUGCCGAUCCUAGUUUACGCAGUUUUUUUCGCUCCUGCUUGAGCCGUGAGUUUGCAGACCCUGUUGUUGCAGAAGCAACUCUAGAUUUUUUGAACCUGAACAAGAGGAAAAUUUUACUUGCAUAUCCUACUUUACUCCCUCAGUUUUAUCCAUUGAUGCUUAAGCUGAUAGCAUGGAAUGGCGAGAAAUUAGCUAAAUCAUUCUUUAAAGUAUUCCCUGGCUUGAUGGCUCCCGGGUCGUUUCUUCCUCUGUUUAUAUCACUUGUUGACUUACCAGUGUUGGUUGUGGCAUUGGAAAAGGUGGAAAGGAGUACGGGACCAUUGAUUGGUAGCAGUAUAGCAUCAAUCCAGAAGAGUGCAGCUCCAGAGAUGCUGUUGGCUCUCAUGGAUGAAGCUUAUACUGGUUCAACUAUAGGAGAUGGAGGUGCAGACUCUGAAUCUGAGGACAGCAGUUCAAUCACUUCCGAUCCACUAUUUCUUGAAUGUCUUAAAGAUGAAAAUGAUGGCCUUGCUCAACGCCAUUGGACUUCUCCUGGUAUGGAAGCAGCACUGCAGACAGCACUAUCUGCUCCGUCCGAUAGAUUAAAACAAGCACUCAAAAUGGCACCUCCGCUUCUUGAUGCAUAUUUUUCCAUAGCAUUACGUGAUGUGAAUCAGUCUCUGAAAUGCGCAUUAAUCCCCAUGCUUCUUGAAAGAUAUUCUAAGCUAUUUCCUGACAAAGUUUUCUCCUAUGAAGUACGAAAGAGGCUUUUAGAUUUCACAUUGGCUGCAUUUCAUCAAUCCCCAGAGUUCGUUGCCAUUUUAAAGAAACCCAUAGUAGAUAGACUUGGAGAAGCUUAUGAGAGUCCAGAAAAGACUGAGUUGGCAUUACAAUUAUGCUGGGCCAUUGGGGAACAUGGAGGGGGUGGUGCUUCUCACAAAGACGCAGCUCGUGAACUUUUUGAGAGUCUAGAACUACUUUUGUAUGAAAAUCUUUCAUCAAGCCGUCUAGGUGUUGGUGAUUCAGUUCUUGGCUCCAGUAACUCAACCGUUAGAAGAUCAUCACAAUCAAGGCUUCUCUGUUUUGUUGUGACAGCAAUAGCAAAGAUUGCGACACACCAUCCCGAGUUACUGCCUAGAGCUCGUGUGUCACUGGGCAAGGUGGCACAUUCACGUAUCUCUGAUGCAAGAGUCUGGAAACGAGCUCGUGAUUAUUUGGGCUUAAUGAAUGAACCUGCAAUUUGUUUGUCUGUUCUUGGCCCAUCAGGCCCAUCAAGUGGGUUGGUACAGAAGCCAGGGACAAUCAAUUGGAGUGAGGGCAAAACAAAGAUGAUCGCUAACAUUCCAUUUUACAUUCUAGGUGGCCAGGAAGGCCCCCCUCAUCAUGAUUUCUCUUUGAUGGACAUCCUUCCUGGAAAGUCGGCUGGGUCUGUACUUUAGAGAUCCGCUUUCAGGUUUUAUAUAGUAUUGCAGUUUACCUUUUAGCUAUAAGAAAAUUGGAUGUGGAUAGUGUUUUCCGUGUUUCUCUAUUUUUUGUCGCCGGAAUUUGAGCUGGAUUACUUUACAUUUUCACUGUUGUAUCAUAUCCUAUGAUUACUUGGCACUAUUUUGGAUGGCUCUCUGACAAUAUAAUGGUGCUAUUCUAAGUUUAA